CGUGCAUCUGAACUCCUCCCACUCUGGAGGAUUAGUAAUCCACUUCUCUGCUGCCUCCAAAGCAACAACUACCUGGACUAACUAACUGGACUAAAAGCAAGAACAUUUUACAAAUCUUUCCGCGUUUUUGCUCAAUUUAAAUUAGUAACACUGAUGUUUGACAAUUUUUGCUCUGAGUUUGUGUGCUUUGAAAAAACGUCAUGUCGUCAUCGAACGAAAUAAUUAUUUAAAACGUUUAUUCUUGCCAGGAAGAAAAAAAGACUGUGUUAAGGGUUCCCAGGCCACUGUGGGAUGCUAACAGGCUGGUGCUACGUUGAGGCUAAAGGAGCAUGGUGAAACACCAACCCUUCCAGGUCUAUGAGAAGCAGGUGUUCGUGUCCUUUGUCACUGGGAUCUAUGGUUGCCGUUGGAAACGGUACCAGCGCUCUCAGGACGACAGCUCCAGGUGGGAAUGCUCGUGGUUUGCCAUACUGUGCUGCUCCUUUUUUCUGCUUCUCUUUUGGGCCUACUUCUGGUUGGUGGCUCAAAAUGACUUUAAUGAGUUCAACUGGUCUGUAUAUAACCGCUCUGGAGAAUGGAGGGACGAGACCAUCCCCAUACUGGCAUCCACCAUUGUGGGAUUCAGCUAUAUUUCAGUCUUGAUGAUCUUGGCACUUUUCCACAUAUCAUUGGGCCAACAGUUAAAUCUCUACUGGCUGCACAAGAUUGGAGUGCUGGCCACGCUGCUCACGACUAUCUCUGGUGUUGUCUCUGUUGAGGACAUAUGGGGCGAGGAGUGGGAUGUCCUGCUAGUGUCCCUGCAUUCCACAGCACCUUUCCUGCACAUUGGAGCGCUAACAACCAUCACAGCCCUCAGCUGGCUGGUAGCUGGAUAUGUGGUCCGCAGAGAAAGAUCCAAUUUCCAAAUGACGAUAUUAAUCAUCUACGCCAUCAUUCUCCUGGCCCUUUAUUUGGCACCGCUCUCAUUUUCCUGUCCCUGUAUAAUGGACAGCCCCAGCCUCAAACCUCGACCAGAUGUUAUUGGCCGACGAGGAGCACCAAUGCUGGCCCCAGAAAACACCAUGGUGUCCUUCAACAGAGCCCUCCAGCACGGAGCCAUCUCCCUGGAGGCUGACGUCACUCUCAGUGUGGACGGGGUUCCGUUUCUCAUGCGAGAUCACACCUUGAGACGAACCACGGACGUCAGGAGGGUCUUUCCAGACAGACAGCAUGACGACGCUUCGUCCUUCAACUGGACCGAUUUACGGUCCCUCAACGCAGGCCGGUGGUUUCUGGAGAGGGACCCCUACUGGACAGUAGAGACGUUGACCAGCAGGGAUCGGAGCAGAAUAGGCAACCAGACGGUUUGCAGUCUGUUGGAAAUGCUUCGUCUAGCAGUCAGAGCCAACAGCUCGGCGCUGCUUAAUGUCCGCAGACCCCCACCAGGACACCCCCGCUACCGGAGCUGGUUCAUGGACACGAUGUGGGCCGUGCAAAAAGCAGCAAUUUCCCAAAAGAGGGUGAGGACUGUGACGUGGACCCCAGACACAGACAGGGGGCGGGUUCGAGGCUUUCAGCAGACGACCAAUGAGAAGCUGUCGAUAUCUGAGAUCAGGCAAAGGGGCAUCACAAGCCUGACCCUUCACUACAGCAAGGCCAGUCACAAAGAUAUACAGGAAUAUCUGGCAAACAAUGUGAGUGUGACAAUCUACCCGGUGAACAAACCAUGGCUGUACUCACUCCUGUGGUGUAGCGGGGUGCCUUCUGUGUCCUCUGAUGCCCCCCAAGUCCUACGAAAGGUGCCUUACCCCAUCUGGCUCAUGAGUCAGAAAGCUUACAGCUUCAUCUGGAUCACAUCUGAUCUCGUCUCGCUGGCCGUGGUGAUCGGACUCUUCAGUUUUCAGAACUUUCAUAUGAUCAGGUGGAGGAUGAGCGCCAUGCACAACUGCAACCCUGAGCAGAUCAUGCUGAGCGCUGUGCCAAAUCGCUCCAGUCGGGACGUCAACAUCAUGAAGGAGAAGCUCAUCGUCUCAGAAUUCAACAAUGGGCUGAGCAGUACAGAGGAGCUGUCUCUGUAUCCCGAGGACCCUUUUGCAACAUACUCUCAUGAAGGCCUCAUUCGCUGAAUCCUCUUACUGUGCGAGAGGCAAAAACAUAGUGUGUAAAGGUCCAGGACUGUUGAUGGCCUUCUUUAAACAAUCACGCAGCACGCCUACAAAGAGAUCGUGCAGCGAGAGUUGUGGCUAGACAACUGGUGGCUGCUUCACCAUGACAUCAUGUCUAUGUCGACAUUCUGGCAGGGCCGGCCGUCAACCACUCAAUGAUAAUUUCUUUUAGGGCCACUACCAGUAGGGUGGGCACAUGACCAUGGCCUGGGCUUUUGUAAAGGUUUAAAGAUGUUAUUCUUUCAAUAAAUCUGUGAGUUAUAGAAGACCACGUCAGAUGAAAUAUGUUUUGCUAUCCAAGUUCAAUAAUAAGGUUGUUUAAAUCUAAUUAUGAAUGUGUAACAUUACCUACACCCCCUUGCAAAAAUGCCAAACAAAAAUUUCACUCUUCAAGUGGUGACUUGAAAGUGACCCCAAAAGGAAUACGUGCAUACUUGCCAACCCUCCCGGAUUUUCCGGUAGACUCCCGAAAUUCAGCGCCUCUCCCGAAAACCUCCCGGGACAAAUUUUCUCCCAAAAAUCUCCCGAAAUUCAGGCGGAGCUGGAGGCCACGCCCCCUCCAGGUCCAAGCGGACCUGAGUGACGUGUCGACAGCCUGUUUUCACGUCCGCUUUCCCACAAUAUAAACAGCGUGUCUGCCCAAUCACGUUAUAACUGUAGAAUGAUGGAGGGCGAGUUCUUAGUUUCUUAUGUGGGUUUAUUGUUAGGCAGUUUCAUUAACGUCCUCCCAGCGCGGUAACAACACACAACAACAGCAGUCACGUUUUCGUCUACCGUAAAGCAGUUCGUCUGCCGUAAACAGCAAUGUUGUGACACUCUUAAACAGGACAAUACUGCCAUCUAGUGUACAUGCAUAUGUGACAAUAACAUCUCGGGCUUUUAGAGAGUGCAGUGCACAACUGCGCACACAACAAGGAGACGAAGCAGAAUGCAUCAUCAGAGAGGGUGUUCAGCAUGGUUAGAAAAAUAGUGACAGAGAAUAGAACAAGGAUGGACAAUUCAACCCUUAACUCAACAAUGAGUAGAUGAGUGUUAUGUGUGUGUACGUGUGUAAAUAAAUGAACACUGAAAUUCAAGUAUUUCUUAUAUAUAUAUAUAUAUAUAUAUAUAUAUAUAACCACGCCCCCAACCACGCCCCCCCCCCCACCCCACCUUUCGAAAUCGGAGGUCUCAAGGUUGGCAAGUAUGAAUACGCGGUAGAAAAUGGAUGGAUGGAAGUGAAUAAUGAGUGGUUGUAUGAUUAUUAAAACUCAAAUUCUUGCUACUUUAUGUAACAUGUUUUGCAACUUCUUUCUUCUGAAUUUGGAAAUGUAGUCCUGGAACUUUUCUGGCAGACUUUGUUCCCCUGAUGAGCUGGUAGAAAGCAAAUAUAUGUUCCAAGGACUAAAAAUGUAUACGUCACAUAUACACAACAUUGAUGCACCAAUAAAAUUAUAGAAUUAUAAUUGUUUUAUGUUCUGUUUCUCUUUUCGUCUGACUUAUGUGUUAUUAUAUUGAUAAGUAUUAAAUGCUUAUGUAAACAUGUUUUGCAUAUUUUUCCUUUCCUGGAGGUAUUUGUGAUGAAUAGAAAACCAGUGAAGUUGGCACGUUGUGUAAAUCGUAAAUAAAAACAUAAUACAAUGAUUUUCAAAUCCUUUUCAACCUAUAUUCAAUUGAAUAGACUGCAAAGACAAGAUACUUAACGUUUGAACUGGUAAUUUUUGUUGUUUUUGCAAACAUUAGCUCAUUUGAAAUUUUAUGCCUGCAACAUGUAUCAAAAAAGCUUGCACAAGUGGCAAAAUAGACUGAGAAAGUUGAAGAAUGCUCAUCGAACACUUAUUUGGAACAUCCCACAGGUGAUCAGGCUAAUUGGGAACAGGUGGGUGCCAUGAUUGGGUAUUAAAGCAGCUUCCAUGAAAUGCUCAGUCGUUGACAAACAAGGAUGCGGCGAGGGUCACCACUUUGUGAACAAAUGCGUGAGCAAAUUGUCCAACAGUUUAAGAACAACAUUUCUCAACGAGCUAUUGCAAGGAAUUUAGGGAUUUCACCAUCUACGGUCCGCAAUAUCAUCAAAAGGUUCAGAGAAUCUGGAGAAAUCGCUGCACGUAAGCAGCAAGGCUGUGACCUUUGAUCCCUCAGGCGGUACUGCAUCAAAAACCGACAUCAGUGUGUAAGGGAUAUCACCACAUGGGCUCAGGAACACUUCAGAAAACCAUUGUCAGUAAUAACAGUUGGUCGCUACAUCUGUAAGUGCAAGUUAAAACUCUACUAUGCAAAGCGAAAGCCAUUUAUCAACAACACCCAGAAAUGCUGCCGGCUUCGCUGGGCCCAAGCUUAUCUAAGAUGAACUGAUGCAAAGUGGAAAAGUGUUCUGUGGUCUGACAAGUCCACAUUUCGAAUUGUUUUUGGAAACUGGACGUCGUGUCCUCCGGACCAAAGAGGAAAAGAACCAUCCGGACUGUUAUAGACGCAAAGUAUGGUAUGGGGGUGUAUUAGUGCCCAAGGCAUGUCUGUCAAGGCACCGUUAAUGCUGAAAGGUACAUACAGGUAUUGGAGCUACAUAUGUUGCCAUCCAAACAACAUCUUUUUCAUGGACGACCCUGCUUAUUUCAGCAAAACAAUGCCAAGCCACAUUCUGCACGUGUUACAACAGCGUGGCUUUGUAGUAAAAGAGUGCAGGUACUAGACUGGCCUGCCUGUAGUCUAGACCUGUCUCCCAUUGAAAAUGUGUGGCACAUUAUGAAGCAUAGAAAAUGACAACGGAGACCCCGGACCGUUGAACAACUUAAGCUGUACAUCAAGCAAGAAUGGGAAAUAAUUCCACCUGAAAAGCUUCAAAAAUGUGUCUCCUCAGUUCCCAAACAUUUACUGAGUGUUGUUAAAAGGAAAGGCCAUGUAACACAGUGGUAAAAAUGCCCCUGUGCCAACUUUUUUGCAAUGUAUUUCUGCCAUUAAAAUCUAAGGUAAUGAUUAUUUGAAAAAAAAAAUUAAGUUUCUCAGUUUGAACAUUAAAUAUCUUGUCUUUGCAGUCUAUUCAAUUGAAUAUAAGUUGAAAAGGAUUUGCAAAUCAUUGAAAUCUGUUUUUAUUUACGAUUUACACAACGUGCCAACUUCACUGGUUUAUGGUUUAUGUGAUGUUCGGGCGUUGUUUUCGUAUCGCAACAUAUUUCACGUGUUUGCCUUAUUGUUUUAUCAUUUAGAAGAAUGUUUUUUAGUAUGGUGACACUGGAA